AUGCAGUUACUCGCUUUCCCCGCGUUAGCGGCUCUUGCUUUGGGGGUUUUCGCUGUUCCUACUCUCAGCCCGAGAAGCAACACCGACUCUGGUCUACUUGUCGAAACAACCUCUGGGUCCGUCAAAGGCUUCGUUAACCAUACGGCUCCUGAUGUUCGACAAUUCCUCGGUGUCCCAUUCGCAGAGCCACCAGUGGGAGAUCUUCGCUUCGCCCGACCACAGAAAAAGCAGCACGGUGGAAUUAUCAAGGCAUUCUCGCUUCCCGAUUCUUGUAUGCAGCAAUUUGACACCAGUGCCUCAACAAUUUACACGGAAUAUGAGUCGGAAUUCCUAAUCAGUGGAGGGAACUCUGAAGAUUGUCUCUAUCUUUCUAUCUGGGCGCCACGUCUUGACAACAUCCAAUCACAACAGCGUCCGCUGCCGGUCCUGCUCUACAUUCCCGGAGGUGGCUUUACUAGUGGUGGCCAGGCAUCUAUGUACAAGAUUCCUGACAAGUGGGUCCAGCGAACACAAUCCCAUAUUGUUGUUAUUAUGAAUUAUCGUGUCAAUGUCUUUGGGUUCCCGAAUGCGAAGGGGUUGGAAGACCAAAAUGUUGGGUUUUUGGAUCAAAGACUCGCUGUUGAGUGGGUCUAUGUCAAUAUAGGAAAUUUCGGCGGCGACCCGAAGAGGAUAACCCUGUGGGGUCAAUCUGCUGGAGCUGGUAGCGUUGCCGUUUAUCCGUAUGGAUAUCCCGAUGAUCCUCUUGUUGCUGGCCUUAUCGCAGACUCGGGGGGUCCAGGUAUUGUCAGCGGAAGUGAUUUGGCGCACACAAACUUCACUUUCUUAGCUGGACUGGUUGGAUGUAAGGGGCUCAGCCCUGAGAAAGAAUUGAGCUGUGUUAGAAAGGUACCAGCUCAGACGCUUGAGAAUGCAUUGUCGUAUUAUUCCGGCAACGAUACAUUACCGUCUAUCUCGUUCAAACCAGUCAUCGACAACAAAACUGCGUUUUCAAACUGGACCGAGCGGGUAUUGGAUGGAAAAGUCGCCAAAACACCAAUGAUAAUCGGUAGCAAUUCAAAUGAAGGUGCUGGCUUUGUGUCAUUCACCCCCGAGGGACCCGGGGAGCAAGCACUAGCCGGCGCUACAAAGAUUAUCAGCUGCCCUGUCGCAUCAGAAGCUAAGAACCGCCACCUUGGCGACCUUCCAACUUAUCGCUACGAAUAUGCUGGCAACUUCUCAAACAUUUCUCCUCUGCCUUGGUUUGGUGCCUACCAUAGUUCAGAGCUACCUCUGCUAUUCGGAACACAUUCCGAGUAUGGUGGCGCCUCAACCAGGUUUGAAUGGGAGGUUAGCUACGCUAUGGAAGCAUUAUGGCUAAGCUUUGCUGAGGACCCCACGCGCGGUCCUGUCCGUGCAGCAUUAGGAAAUGUUGCCGCAAAUCCGACACAGCAGAGUUACUUUUCCUGGCCGCAAUUUCAGCAGGGAUCCGCUGAUAUGGUAUUGUUUGCUAAGGACAACAAAUUGAUGCAGCUGGUAUCUUCCAAGAGUAUUGACACCUCAUGUUCCGUUUCUUAG